CUUGCAGGCUCCAUCCCAGGAACGGGCUUCCCCACACACCCUCUCUGGUUCUGACAUGAGUUCCAGCUGCCUGCCGAGUCGACUGCCAGCUGCCAGGAGCCAGUGUCCAGAGAGCCCUGAGGAGUAGCCACUCAGGAGCAACCAAUAUCCAAGUGCACUAUGAACUGGAGCAUCUUCGAGGGGCUCCUAAGCGGAGUCAACAAGUACUCCACAGCCUUCGGGCGCAUCUGGCUGUCACUGGUCUUCAUCUUCCGCGUGCUGGUGUACCUGGUGACAGCUGAGCGUGUGUGGAGCGACGACCACAAGGAUUUUGACUGUAACACCCGUCAGCCAGGCUGUUCCAACGUCUGCUUCGACGAGUUCUUCCCUGUGUCCCACGUGCGCCUCUGGGCCCUGCAGCUCAUCCUGGUCACAUGCCCCUCGCUGCUCGUGGUCAUGCACGUGGCCUACCGGGAGGCACGGGAGAAGAAGCACCGAGAGGUAGCGGGGGAGGACUGUGGGCGCCUCUACCCGAACACCGGCAAGAAGCGGGGUGGGCUCUGGUGGACAUAUGUCUGCAGCCUGGUGUUCAAAGCCGGUGUGGACUCCAUCUUCCUCUAUGUGUUCCAUUCACUCUACCCCAGGUACAUCCUCCCUAAUGUGGUCAAGUGCCACUCAGCUCCAUGUCCCAACACAGUGGACUGCUUCAUCUCCAAACCCUCGGAGAAGAAUAUCUUCACUCUCUUCAUGGUCAUCACGGCUGCCGUUUGCAUCCUGCUCAACCUUGUGGAGCUGGCUUACCUGGUGAGCAAGAGGUGUCGCGAGUGCCUAGCAGCAAGGAAAGCCUGGGCCACCAAUGCCUCUUCCUACAAACAAGAUGACCUCCUCUCAGGCGACCUUAUCUUUCUGGGCUCAGACACUCCUCCUCCUCUCUUACCAGACGGCCCAUCAGACCACAUGAAGAAAACCUUCCUGUGAGGGCUGCCUGCAUUGGGCUGACAGGGCAGGCCUGGUUUGGAAAAGCUCGGCAUCUCUUGUGUGUGCAGUCUUAGGGGUGACAAGCUGAAGGUCAGACAGCCCAGGAACAAAUCUCUAUUCCACUGCUCCUGCCACCUGCCCCAGCUGUGUGGCCUUGGGCACCUCAGUUUCCUUUUAUGUAAAAUGAAGAUGAUGAGGCCUACCUCAUAGGGUUGUUGCUGGGAGGAGGAGUUUAAUUAGAGAACGAUGUGCAAGCACCUUCAAUGUGUGGGGCCCAUGGCCAGGGCUUAAUAAAAGUCAACUCCUCCACUGA